AUGUCAUCUAUAUGUUACUAUACUGGCAUCCAUGGCCAUAGAAGCUUCCAAUUGUUGGUGGAGAUCACCGCCCUGGAAGGGGCAUUCGUACGUCAAUCUACUUUAGUGGAGCUAGUUGUCGGAGAGCUCCGGAUGGAAAUGACAUCCGUACCUACAAACUCACAAGGGAUACUCGAAAAUAUAGGUAGCAGAGGCUCUGCAUAUGUUAGCCAGCGUGAUACAUCCGUGGAACUGGUAUUCUACCACAAACAUUUGGUUACAAAGAAACGGGUUGCAUCUUUGGUUUUCGAUGUUGAUCGAGAUAUACUAGCUCAAGGGUUUCCAAAAAAUAAAUGGUGCCUACUUCGAGAUGCCGGACGUGUUAUAGGACGUGUAAAGCUAUCAUUUCACCGAAUUGAUAUGAGGAGCAGCGUAGUAGACUGCAUGGUGUUGCAGCAGGCAUUGUUAUGUGCUCAGGAUUACAAGGAUGAGGGAAAAACUAUAAAUACAGAUCUUAGUGUCGAUGGUUUGAUGUUCGAACAUGAGAAGCUGUAUCUGUUCUCAUUCGCCUUAGAAGGUCCACUUAUCGCAAGAGAGAGUUAUGCAUCCGAGAUGCGUUACUACAAGGCCGUAUUAUCGGAAGGGGCCUGGAAAUGGUGUUAUUGGAGUUGUAAAGAGGAAUGCAGAGCAGGCCGUAAACCUCAGGCAUCAAUACCAAUAUUGGCAAUCAGCACCGUAGUGUGUCAUCCCACCGACUACAGUUGCUUCUACAUCAAACAUUACACACGAAAGGGUACCCAUGAUGUCAUUUUGAAAGCUGUAGAUCGUAAUCGUGAUGUGUGGACGGAUGCAUUAUUCCUUUUUAUCGCAGAGACACGACGGUAUCUAGAACACUUUGAAAAUUUUGAAGCUCUGGAACAACAUUGUCAGACUAUUGAUAGCGAAAGUGGUUCCAGGCGGAAGCCAAGGAAACGAGUCACGUUCAAACUGGUAUCAGCUUCGGCAUCCGACCCUAGAGUAUCCGAGAACCCAUGGCAGUGUACUCUGGUCCUGAAAGAGUCACCUAACGCUAUAUUAAAAAAACGCGGGAAAACGAAAAUACCCAAGGAACUGUUAGCGCUAAUCAAUCCAGCAGAUUUCGGUAUACAUGCCAAUUUAAAAGGGCCGCAAAAGGAUGCCCUUAUCGCAGAAAUAUACGGGUCAUACGAAGAAUAUGAACGUAUUGCAUCGAAAUUUGGACCGGUAGGACAACCGCAUAAACCAACAGAAGAGGACCUUGAUGACGAUUGUUACUUCCCCAAAGAUGGAUAUGACUACAGCAAACAUUUGGCUACCAUCACUCCACAAAACUUCAUACCAGCUGUUACGGUAGAACAGGCCAGCACAUCAUCACGCGUUGCUGAAGUUAUGAAAGCAUUAGAAGAGUCAGAGAGUGACCUGGAGGCUAUAGAUGACGAUUUCGUUGCAAAGGCAAUGGACAAUGAACCACCUGAGACCUUUAUUGAUGAAAACGAACUACUUUGGGGUGGUUACAAGCCAUUAAGACCUGCAAUACUGGAUGAACUAGAUCUUGUUAAAGCGGAAUCAGGAUGGACCCCUCAACCCAUAGAAGAUGAAGAAGAAUUUAGUGAUUUGGGUUCUGAAUUCGAUGAACUCGAGGCCGAGUUCCAACAUAAAUCACUUUCAAGCAUGUAUGACGAGGCUGAUUGGUGUGCUAAACGUAUGGAAAAGGAAACUAUGGAUGCACUCGACCCUGAUGGAUCGGUCAGCCAGCAGAUUCUACAACUUGUAGAAUUGCCAGAGGAUAGUGAUAGUGGCGAAUCUUCUGAGUUCAAAGACUUGUCAGAUGAUUCAGAACAAUGGGAUGUGGAGACCGUUCUUACGAAAUACACUAAUGUUACCAACCAUCCACGGCGUAUAUUGACCAACGUAAUCCGUCGGACACGGCCUGCAGCACCUCGUGAGGAUCAAGAUACAACAUCGAAACCGGCAAACGAUGUAGAAUACAUCGAAUUGCCACAGGUUGUAACAACAAGGCGUCGUGAUGAGACACCUGAAGAGAAAAGGGCACGUAAGGCGGCUGUGAAGCAAGCCAAGGCCAUGAUAACGCGUUUGAAAAAAGAGAACAAAGAAUCUCUUAAAGAUGCCAAAAAGAAGGCAUCUGAAAAAAGUGCUGUAGGCUCCUACGACAUCAUGAAUGGUGUGAAGUACCUUCGCCUCAAGGUCGCUAAACCAUUCCUGAACAAGAAUAUGCCUUCUGUAUCACCGCUGGCGCCGGCACAUCGCAGUCUAGGUGUAGUCACUCAGAUGGAUACACCAACGGGUCAUUGGCAUGUUAUAGACGCCGCAGGAAAGACUGUUGGAGGUGUGGCGUCACAUAUAGCAGUGCUUCUACAAGGGAAACACCUUCCUACAUAUGAUUCUACACGUGUGAGCGGGGAUAACGUUAUAGUGGUCAACGCCGUCCGUGUAGUCAUGAACGGGCAUAGUUGGGAUACCAAGGUAUACAAAUUUGAUCGCAAAGCGCAUCCAAAAGGACCUAAGAUUGUUACUGCAAAGACCGUGAUGGCACGUAACCCAGCAAUGAUCAUAAACUUGGCUGUAAAACGUAUGCUACCCCGGAACAAGCUACGGCCGUUGUGGUACAGGCGGCUUUUUGUAUAUGGUGGAGCACUCCAUCCGCAUUGGGGAAUACCGCAGGUAGUUGUGCCUGUGGAGCAGGAGAAAAUAGCAGCAGCCAUUUCUUCGGCGGGGAAAAAUAGCGUCGCAUUGCAGAAAUUGGCAAAAAUGGAAUCGCAAAAAAAAUCAAAGGAUGUUGUCGAAUGUUACACCCUUUAUCCUUUUAAUAUAAUGAAAAGGAUGCACAAUAUGGAAUUCCGACCGAGAGUGAUAAAAAUAGAAGUGAAACACUCACGUAUGCGAGAUCGGUGUUGGCCAGAAAUUCGCGUAGACAAUCAUAUGACUGUGGGUGCUCUAAAAGAUAAGCUCUAUUCAAAUACCGGAACACUCCCAGCACAUCAAACUUUAUAUGCCUAUGCCCCUUAUGAUAUACAAAGGACACAGGUGUUAUUGGAUAACAAUGAUGUCGCCUUGAAUAUGUAUGGUGUAAAUGAUGGAUAUGUUAUCCAUAUCGUCGAUACCAGUGCUUUUGCUAAUCAAGAGACAUCUAUAUUAUAUCACGGUGCACCAGACAGUAUACCAAACCCGCCCGCAAAAUUGCUCAAUUCUAAAUUACACAAACAUUACGUGGAACAACUAGAAAAAUGUCAAGAAACAGGUGAUCCGGGAAAUUUCGAGAGAUACACAAUCAGUGAAGAGGAAUAUGAACGACGAAACACAGGGAUACGUGACUUCAUUGCAAGGAUGAGGCAGAAAAGCGCUGUAAAUAAUUCGCAACCAAAUACAACAACCAGCGGAAAGACCAUAGACCAGUUGAAGCAGGAAUACCCAAUAGGCUCUAGAUGUUCCGUUACUCCUGGUGGUAUACGAGGAUGCGUACGGUUCGUAGGUAUGGUCAAGAACAAACCGAUGAUAGGCGUAGAACUGGAUGAACCAAUGGGUAAUAGCGAUGGUAGCAUCAACGGAGUACGAUACUUUGACGCCAGUGGUCCGCGGUACGGGGCAUUCUACAAAUACGAGCAAGUGGAGGUCGGUGAUUUCCCAGAGGAAAGACACAUAAAGUAUCCGAAAAUGGAUGAUGACUUGACUUUCAAUAUAGUUAAAAGUAAGAAGGAGAGUAAAAAACGUCGUGAUACUGUCAAUAAGGAGCAUGGCAAGAAACGAAAACCAAAGCAAUCAGAAUCGCACAAAAAUGAUCGGAAUGACGGUGAUAUUCCUAUAGUACGAUUGCUAAGAGAGAUUCCUCAACGGAUACCGUUCCAGGGCAAGCCUACCAAGAAGACAUUCUCGGUCGCUCUGCCAGUCUCUAUCCUUCAAAAUAUACAAACUGAUGAGCUAAGAGCCUACGUUAUAGGAUGUAUAGCACGUACAUUAACAAUUUAUGGCAUACAUGAAGUGGUACUUUACAACGACCUAGGACCUGAAGAAAUUGAAUGGCAGGAAUAUUUCGCCAUCAAUCUGAGGUAUCUAGAAACACCUCAAUAUUUGAGGAAAUAUAUGUUCCCUAUUGUUCCACACCUGCGCAAUACCGGAUUACAAAAUCCCUUAGAUGCACCGCAUCAUCUUAGGGCUAAUGAAUGGUUGCCAUAUAGAGAAGGUGUCAUAAAAUUGGAACCAAUGGAUGAAGCUUCGACAGCGAGUAGGAGAGAUAUGCUAGUCGAAUGUGGUCUAUUCGGUCGCAUCAAAGUUACAAACCGGGACGCUUUGGAACAAAUAUAUGGCGUUCAAUGGUUCUGCCUAGACACCGAUGAUGAAGUAUAUCAACGGGUUACCGUACUACUAGAUGCAAAUUCUCUAAAAGAGUGCAAGCGAAGAUGGAGAGAACAAGUGUCCGGACAGGUAUCGCAAUCCUCAAGUUCAACACUGUCCGGGAAACUGGUACCACCAGACGAGCCACAAAGCUUGGCAGGUCUAUAUUGGGGCUACGUUGUAAGAGAGGCAGAGAGCUAUUCAGAUAUUUUCAACAACUGUCCUUUUAGUGCCGAUGGACAGUAUGACUAUAAGAUGGGCACAAGCGAGCAUGGCCAAGUAUAUCCGAAAAAUGUCCGAGUUCCAGAUUUCAAACAUAUGCUGAUGGUAUUGGGGCCAGUAAAAGGACUAGAGAGUGUGACGGAGAAUCCCGCUGGUGAUGUUGACGCCUACGUAAAUUUCUGUCAUAAUCAACGAUCACGUACUAUACGUACAGAAGAAGCUGUGACAAUAUGUUUAUCACAGUUUUUCGCACAUUACUCCAUCUAA